AUGAUUAUGUCUGCAGACCGAGGAACUUUCAAAACUUCAAGAACGUCCUUGACGGGAAAGCGAACAUAUGCGGGCGUCCCUUCAAUAGACUACGACGAGACGAAGAACGAGAAACCAUGGCAGCGGGCAAUAGAUAUGUUGGCGAAAAAAGGCACACAUUUAUAUGAACCCGUCAAAUCAGUACCAAGUCCCUACAUUAUACUAGUGUUGGGAUUUUACAUGCUCCUGGGUUAUUGUUCUCAGCUGGUUGAAGAUGCUAUGCCCUCCGUCAUUUCUGAUAAGGAUAUUGCUGUUGAUGAUACAAGCACAUUCAGUGAAGAGUCAGCGCGCAGAUAUUUAGACAUUAUACUGGGCAACGAACCGAGGGUAGCCGGCACGAAAUAUCAUCUGCAAAAAACGAUAGAUCUCAAAAAUUUGCUUGACGAUGUAGCUGCUAGAGCAAAUAUACCUGUAAGGACCGAUUGGCAGUUUGUUUCCGGAGAUUACUUUUUAGAGUUCAAACUGCCCUAUGUUAACUUAUAUCAAAAUUUGUCGAACGUAGUGGCGGUGUUGGAGGGAAAUAGCGGCUUCAAUGCUGAUGGCAGCACGCGAGAAUCACUACUUGUCAAUUGUCAUUAUGAUUCCGUUCCGUUUGCGCUUGGUGCAUCAGACAAUGGUAUAUAUUGCGCAGUGAUGGUAGAAACGCUGGUCCGUCUAUCCAGAAGGAAAAAGAAAUUUAAGCAUAACAUAGUGUUUUUGUUUAAUGGAGCGGAAGAAAAUCCUCUACAGGCUAGUCACGGGUUCCUUUCGCAUCCGUGGUUCAAAGGUGUCACAAAUGUCAUAAAUUUGGAUUCAGGCGGAGUUAAUGGAAAAGCACAGUUAUUUCAGGCGACAGAUCCGCGUAUGUUAAGCGCUUACAAAUACACAAAAUGGCCGACAGCGCAAGGCGCCGGCCAAUUUUUAUUCUCGACUGGUAUUAUACCGUCUGAUACCGAUUUUAGGAUAUGGCGUGAUUUUGGCCACAUACAGGGUAUAGAUUUGGCGUUCAUAAAGGGAGGUCACGUGUACCACACUCGCAACGACCGCACAGAGUUUAUAAAACCGGGAGUCAUACAGUGCGCCGGCGACAUGCUAUUGAGUGUUGUUACGCAUUUGGCGGACGACGAACAACUUGCUACUAGGGAACCGCCUUCUUCAAUAGUCUACUUCGAUUAUAUGAAUGUGCUGCUAAUAUCGUACUCCAAUUUGAUGGCCAUCUUGGUGGAUAUAUCUGUCUGCCUGUUUGCGGGACUAACCAUACUCUAUUAUAUCUGGCUGGUUGGAUUUCGAUUAUCCAGUAUCCAAGAGCUGUUAUGGGCGAUGUGCGGUCGACUUUUGUGCGUCGCUUCUGGGCUUAUUGUGGUAGUAGCGUGUGUUAUUUUAAUGGUUGCCACAACUACUCAAAUAAGAUAUUUAUCCCAGCCUUGGAUUAUUGUGGCGGUAUAUUGGGUUCCAUAUCUUAUUGUUGCCUCUACCGUAGCUCAGCUGUUUGAUUCUUGGAGGACUAAGAAGACCGGUUUAAACCGAAGCAUACGCGCCGCGCAGGCCGCUACCGCGACUAGGCUACUGGUGUUAGUAGCAUUAGUAGCGCUACUGUCUAUCCCGGGCACGGGCAAUGUUCGUUAUGUGUUGACGCUUCCUCUCGUCUUCAUGAGCCUUUCCGCCCUCAUCACUCUCAGCGCGUUGAGAUAUACGAGGCUUGCAGGUUGGCAACACCUGUCGAUAGAAAUGUUACUAUCAGUGCCAAGUGUGAUGUUCCUAUAUUCGCUAGCUUUGCGCAUUACAUCGUUCCUGGUGCCUAUAAUGGGCCGGUUCCCUAACGGCCAACCGGACUAUCUUAUCGCGGCUAUCAGCUGUUUGUUCUGUGUAUUGAGUGUGAUUCCUGUGUCGGGCAUCGAACUGUUGUUCUCUCGCAAGCGCUGGUGGAUUAUGUCUGGCGGCCUAUCAAUUGUGUGCGUUAUCCUCAUGUUUAUACCCUUCAGCCCGUACCAAGAUGAUGGUGUUGCUGUGCAGCGCCAUACUUGGUUUCAUACAGAAAUAGUUUCGUACAAUCGCAACGGCACUGCUAUAGAACGAACCUCGGGCGUUCUCAUAACCAAAUGGGACGCAAACAACAUCCAAUCAGCGAAGACAGCACUGAAAAACAGCGGACUGAACACGAAGCUGUCCCUCUCAGCGGACUGCGAGAGAGAUCCGUUCUGCAAUUUGCCACUUCUAAGACCGAGGUUGGGAGAGUAUUUGAAGGACUCUCUAUUCCUUUUUAUGGACCCACCGCAUCCAUUCCCGCACUCCUUGCAAAUGACGAACAAGAGCUGUGUUACUGACAUCUGCAUUCUCAACUUUGUCAUGAUAGGACCACCACACAACACUUUAGUAUUCGUUCCUCAACCCAACGCAACUCUCUAUAAUUGGUCGUUUUCAUCUCCACUCAACGAGUCGAAGAAACACAGAGGCCGACCUGUUUUUAUUGUCACUCAGUCGACAGCCACUUACAGUGAUUCCCCGGAGCCUUUGGAGUUUAGCUUGACUUUUAUUGUACCCGCAGUUUUACAAUCUCAGUCGAUUGUGUCCAUCAGCCACGCUGCACACAAAAUCCAACAUCCAGAAGAUCAAACGCAGGCUUUUACCAGACUAAUCGAAUCUGCGCCGAAAUACUUCAAUAUCGCGCCUACCAUUUGUUUCAAGAGCAAUUACGAAUUUUAG